AUGGGCGCUUGCUUUUCCACGGUCACCAAAGUGAACGGCGCGACUGGCGGCAAAGCCGCUUCGGCCGCCGGCAAUCCUCAGGGCCAGCAGCAGACUCACAGACCUCGGGAGGCGCAGAGGAAUCUUCCUCAGCCCCAGCAGCAAAAUCAGAAGCAGGGUCAGAAUUGUCAGCGGGAUAAAGGGCAGGAGAAGAGGACGGUCGGGGCGAUUCCAUACGGGAAGAGGACGAACUUCGGGUAUGAUCGGGAUUUUGAGAGCAAGUAUACCACUGGGAAGCUCUUGGGCCACGGUCAGUUUGGAUACACCUUCGUCGCCACGCAGAAGGCGAAUGGAGACCGGGUGGCUGUGAAGAGGAUCGACAAGAGUAAGGUAAAUCAAUUGAUCUCUAGCCCCUUUGUGAUAGAGGUUUCAAAUGGCAGAAGAUUUUGCCUCUCGCUGUGUUUGUUGGACGAUCAUCUUGUUUGCAGAGAUCCCGUAAAAAAAAAAAGAAAAAAAAGAAAAAAAAGAAAAAAAAGAAAAAAAGAAGAAGUUUGCUUUCAACUAAAUACAGAUUCCGAUUGAGCUGUUUCUACUUUCUUCCUGCCCGGACGAUGCUGGAUUUCCUCCCAGGUUUUGAAAGGAUUUCAAAGGUAUCUGAAGGCUGAAGUCACUCGGGCACCAACCAGACAGUGUUUAUGAAGUUAGUUUGGCAUAGCUUAAACAAAUGUAGAUGGAAACAAUUUUCGUUCUGCAAAUGAGAAAUAUUUUCUUGGAAAUACUGAAUUUUUUCUUCGAUUGAUUCAAAUUCAUGGAAUCUUUUUUACCGGGUGCUGGCUAUUCAGAUCAUAAUUUAGGUUGCAGUUCUUUCAGGAUAACUAUGAUGUGAAAUGAUGAGUGCAGGGCAGUGAUCAUCACUCUAGUCUAUGAAAUAUAAUCUACUUGAUAGGUCAACUGGCCAUUUUUUCCAUUUGUGGCAGAUGCUUCACAGUGUUGCAGUGGAGGAUGUGAAAAAAGAAGUAAAGAUAUUGCAAGCUCUCACGGGUCAUGAGAAUGUUGUGCAAUUCCACAACGCCUUUGAAGAUGAUUCCUAUGUGUAUAUAGUCAUGGAGUAAGUUUUUCAAUCUACAUUUUAUGAAAAAGACGGAAAGUGUUAUGUUCGAGUUAAAUAAAUUUACAGUACACGUUGAAAAAUAGAUGCUAAAUAAUUUUUCAAAACAUACCUUUUAUAGAAGGCUGGAAGACUCCACUGGAGCAUGUCGCAUCAUAUACCUUUUCAUCACAAUAAUGGUCCGCUUUUUAAGAUUUUGUUUGACUAGAGUUUGAGCUCUUUUUCUGUUUGUUUUCACAAAGUGAACUCUCAAAUUCAUGUUACCUGGCAUUCUCAUUUUCUCUAAGAAUAGUCUCAUAUAUUUAUUUUAUAAAUAAACCUAUGAUUAUGAUGAUGGGCCUAAUUAACUCCACUUAUAGCUCUUUGACUAUGAGUUGAGUGGAUGGGCCAAUACUAGGAAUUGUCCUUCAUUGGUUGGUAUAUGUGAAAUAACCUUUUUGAACCUUUAGAUCAUGCAACUCCUUUAAGGGAAUAUCUCAUGCAUUUUUCACAGUUCUUGAAGUAUUAGAGGUGAUAAAUAGUGCUCUAUAGGUCACAUUAUACGGCAGCCGUCUGUCGAGCUCCAUUGGAUAUCCUUUUUUUAUGAAGUUUAUUUGUAAGUUUUGUGCGUUUCUGUUCAGAGUACCUCAACGAGCUCACUACUUAAAUUCCUUAGGUUAUGCGAAGGUGGUGAGCUGCUUGACCGCAUACUGGGCAAGUAAGAGCUUUCAACUCUUCUCAGUCUCUGUAAAUCUCCGUACAAAGAUAUUUCCCUCCUAAAAGAUUCAUGUAAAUAAUGAGUCACUGUACAGGAUCAUUUGAAUAUGCUGAAUGAAUGAAAUGAAAUGAUGUCUUCGAGUUUGUUGUUAGUUAUAUUUGAAUCGCAUAAAUGAGCAGUCUGCUGCUUAGAACAAGCUUUGAGAUGUUAGUAUGGUAAGUGCUAGAAAAAUGAAUGGACGAAGACCUAUGGCUACCUACAUGGCCACCAACUUCUUCACAUAUUUAUAGAGAGGAGAGACUUGAUGUCGGCCUAAUGACCAUGUACUAGCAUACUUGCAUCAUAGUGGGCCUAUUCUAGUAGACUUUCUAACAGUGAGAUUCACCCUGAGCAGAAAGGAUAGCCGAUAUAGUGAGAAAGAUGCCGCGGUAGUGGUGAGACAGAUGCUCAAAGUCGCAGCUGAAUGCCAUCUGCAUGGAUUGGUUCACCGAGACAUGAAACCUGAGGUAGAUUCAACGGCCUUUCAGAAAACGCUUGCUGGGUUCGUUCUAGCUACUGCUUGACAUUGAUGGGUCUCUAUUUGCAGAAUUUUCUCUUUAAAUCAUCAAAAGAAGAUUCACCACUCAAGGCGACAGAUUUUGGCCUUUCGGAUUUUAUAAAACCUGGUACGCAUAAGAAAGACUUGGUUUCAUGACAUGGCGGACGCCUUUUAAUCUCUGGUUGCCGUAUAGAACGUCCAAUUUAUCUGGAUAUUUGCAGACAGCUUGAGAAAAUUGAAAGUAAACACGAUGAUGAUGAUGAUGAUGAUGAUCAACACGGAAUGUCGCAGGUAGGAAGUUCCAUGACAUCGUUGGGAGUGCCUACUAUGUUGCUCCAGAAGUGUUGAAGCGAAAAUCUGGGCCUGAGUCGGAUGUCUGGAGCAUCGGCGUGAUAACAUACAUUUUACUCUGCGGAAGAAGACCAUUUUGGGAUAAAACCGAGGACGGCAUAUUCAAGGAGGUACACACAUCCAAAGCUGUGAUCUUCCAGUAGCUGUUAUCGAGUUAUUAGUUUGCAUUUGGUGAUCAGAAGCAUUUCGUGAACGUAUGAAUACUUGAAAAACAUACUGCCUCAUGCCACUGGAACUAUGAUAAAAUGCUUAAUAUUCCGUGAAAGAAUAAUACCAACUCCGGUAUUCUUAUAAGUCAAAUGGGCAACUAACAAUGGGAUAUUCAUUCGUAUGGAUCAUUGUGCAGGUUUUAAGGAAGAAACCUGAUUUCCGUCGAAAGCCUUGGCCUAAUAUUAGCAGCAGCGCCAAAGAUUUUGUUACCAAGCUUUUAGUGAAGGACCCACGCGCAAGACUCACAGCCGCUCAAGCACUGUGUAUGUAUUUAUAUGGGCUGUUCAAAGGAGACAUCCUCAGCAUGCAUGAAUUCAGAUGAUCAUAUAAUCAUUUAAGAAGGAGUGAUAUAAUACGUUGUAUUUCCAUCAAAGAAUCAUUAGAUGUUUUUUAUCUGUAAGCAACUUGCUUUUGCACUAUUCAUGUGACGACGUUCCCUCUGACAAUUUUUCACACAUCCUCAUCAUGGUGGGGCCUUUUCUGACAGUCUUCUUUUGAUGUAUACCCUGUCAGCUCACCCUUGGGUGAGAGAAGACGGUGAUGCAUCAGAAAUUCCAUUGGACAUAUCCAUCUUGAACAACAUUCGGGAGUUUGUGAAGUACAGCCGUUUGAAGCAGAUUGCACUAAGGGUAAAAAAAAAUAAUCAAUUUUUUUAAUUUUUUUUAUACAGCCUUCACCGAACUUGUACUGCAACAACAUAAAUUGGCAUGUUUUACAUCAAAAUUUCAAUGUUUUUUUCUGUCCAGGCGUUAGCCAGCACAUUGAAUCCUGAGGAAAUGGCCAAUCUCCGUGAUCAGUUUGAUGCAAUUGAUGUAGAUAGAAAUGGUGCCAUCAGCCUUGAAGAAAUGAGACAUGUGAGCCCUUGUCAUUUCCUUAUUUCAUUGGAAUUUCUCAAUCUAUGCUACCAUAUAUUCGAUCUUAAUGAAUAGAUGAUGGCAGUUUUUUUUUGCUGUAUGCACAUAAGUGAUCUUAUCCUGAACUGUAGCCAAUUUAAUCGAAAAAAAACACUUCUACUAAAUUCGCUCUGCUCCUGCCGAUAAACGUAACAGUGUGCUUUUGAGUUUUAUGUUAGUUUGGUUUGAUAAAACUGGGAUGCAUUCAAUGAUGAAUAAUGAUUUAGAUGCUUUUGAAAUGUUUUUAAGUAGGUAUACGAACCCUAGGCUGCAUUUUUGUAAAAAAUAUAAUGGCACUUUCCUGUUUAUUCUUCAUUGAAUCCUUGAAUAACUGGGAACACUUAUGAUGGUAUUUUAGUCAUAUUUUUAGCUUGGUUUCUAAAAUAUUUUACUAGACUCUAUUUGGUCCUUUUUUCUCUCUCUGGUUUAGCUGGAAACCUUUCUGAAAAUUUAUUUCAAAAGUUAUUUUGCAAUGAUUUUUUCGGUAUUUUUCUGGCUUAUUUUGGUUCAUCUAACUAGUUCUCCUUUUACCCAAGUUUAAACAAAUGGUUACUGAUCUGCAGGCUCUUGCAAAAGAUCUUCCGUGGAAGCUGAAGGAACCUCGAGUCACGGAGAUUCUUCAAGCCGUAAAACUCUAGCCACUAACCCUCUACCUUUCGCUGGUUUCCCCUCAGUCGGAGCUUUUACCUGUGAGAUCGAUCUUGCUUUCAACUAGGAAACAAAUCAAAUAGUCUUUUAUGUCUGUAUAAUAAUUAUUAUAUCCAAUGAUUAUGGUCCAAGGGCUUUAGAACUGUGGUAGAGAACAACAAUUCGACAGUUUUCAUGCAUAAUCUUUCUAAGGUUCACUUAAUCUGGCCCAUCAAGUUAGAGCUUUUUUUCUGGAAAAAAAUCAACUAAAUAAGAAAAUAUUUACCAUAAUCAUCUGGGGGAAAAAAAUUGAGAUGAGAUUGAUCAAAACGGUUUCCCUAGCUUCACUUCCUCCUACCUUUCCUGUUUCUUGUGAAUCUCCAAUGUGCUUCUGCGUUUGAACUUGAGAAUUUCUGGGCAAAGCUCUCUAGAGGAUCAAGAACAGACGAUGUCUAGAAUCUUAACCCUGAUGAGUACCACUCCUCAGAUGAUCCGUUUCACAUUCCUGGGUUGUUCUGUCAUGUUCUUAUAUGCCAUCCUAGGACUAAUAUGAACCUCUCGUGAGCAGAUGGACAGCAACACCGAUGGGCUGGUUGACUUUGACGAGUUUGUGGCGGCGACCCUCCACGUGCAUCAGCUCGAGGAGCACGACUCCGAGAAAUGGCAGUCCCGCUCCGAGGCUGCAUUCCAGAAGUUUGACGUCGACGGGGACGGAUUCAUCACCCCCGAGGAACUCAGAGUGGUUAACCCGAGGAACCCAUCUUUGAGACAUCCGGCAGAGUUCGAAGAUUUUCCCCAAUGGGCUGAUUCUUUGAUUCUUUCCUGUUUUUUUCUUUUUUUGUGGUAUCCGCAGCACACGGGGCUGAAGAGCUCCAUCGAGCCGUUACUGGAGGAGGCCGACACCGACAAGGACGGGAAGAUCAGCUUGUCUGAGUUCCGUCGGCUACUGAGGAGCGUGAGCUCCCGCAACAUCCCCGCUCCUUCGGUAGCCCGAAAUUCCCGCAAAAUGUAG